GGACGACAAACUAUACCACGAGCAACGGAAUGGAAACUCAUGGGUUCGCGGUGUAGCAUAGGCUGUACACUAGCUGUAGUUUACCAAUCUAGACUUUCUUUAUGCAGCGUAUCGCGCGCUGGUCAUCCUGAAUCGUGCGUAGUUGCGGCAUCUCAUGCGCAGCGGAUCGCAAAGACGAUCUCGGGAAAGAGGCAACCGCGAGCUUGCGUUUUGCUCCUCGGGAUCAUGCUGACGGCGGGAUGGGUCUACAAUUGGUAUCUUCAUUUCGUAUUGUUCCGACCAAGGUCGUCGACUAGUGGGAUAUGUACAGGGAUGCGCUGGCGGCGCGGAAGAUGAGGGCUACGGCGGAAUGGCACCUGGCCACGACAUAUCUACUUGAAGCCGCGUCUUUGGAGGAGGCGUAAAGCAUCUUGUUCUUGAUCUUCGCAUCAUCCGGCGAC